AUGUUCAGGCUGGCUCUGAUUAGUAGCAGGCUGACAAACGGCUCUAAUUCUUUGGAAAUCUGUGAUUUUCACCUCCAGAGACAAGCUUGGAAAGUCAGAGCCAGUAGGACUGAAUUCUUCUCCGGCACGUCUGGAAUGGUCCAACAGACUGGCAAAAGUUUUGUUCAAAGUUACAAUCGUAAGGGCAAGAAAACAGACCAGUGUGAUCCGAGUACCAAGGCGGGUUUACUACCACCAACCCAGUCAAAGCGUACUUCAAUCAACGGACAGAUCACAUACAUCUGUGGUGGGAAUCAGAGCUCGUUGAACAACAUUAUUUGGAACUUGAGAAUGAAGAGCUUCGAGGAACGCUAUCGUCAACCGACAGAUUUCGAGAAGGUUGAGAGGAUGAAAUUGAAAAUGAAACGUGAAUUAGAAGAAAUUCAAAUGAACAAGAUUUUGACAGAUCAGAAAGAGAAAAACAAUAAUUACAGUAUGAGAAUCCUUCCGACGAGUUGGUAUAAAAACCAGCUCGCCGGAAGGGGGUUCCUUGCAACGAGCUGGUAUAAAACCAGCUCGCCGGGAGGAACCCCUCCCGACCAGCUGGUAUAA